AUGAAUCGCGUCGAGCCUUUCGCAGGGCGCGUGCGGCGCCUGUCGCUUUCGCUCCGCAUCCCAGAUGAUCAGCCGUCGCCUCUACGUCGUCUACCCAAGCAUCUGAUCCCAUUUUUGCCGUACCUCGACCGCCCGGAUACCUCCCACGCCAUCGAAGAACGUAUUCCCGCUGGAAAACAUGCCUUGCGCCUGUCUACCAUGGCCUUCUGGCUGCGCGCCUGCGCCAGCUCCCACGGCGACCACUGUGUUCCUCCCCCGCGGCCAGGUGCUGCUCGUCCGCUGUGGUUGAUUGACGUGCGUGCCUAUUGCUUAGUCGCAGUGAAAGAUGACCGUGAAGAGGAGAACUCUUCUGUUUCACUGUAUCCCUACGUGGCGCUGAGUUAUGUCUGGGGCCAGGCGUCAAGCGCGACCGCGACGCUUGCCAACAUCGCCGCUCUUCAGAGCCCGGGGGCCCUUGAUGGUCAGGAUAUUCCAACUACGAUAUGGGAAGCUAUGGAACUGACGCGGCUUCUUGGUGAGCGGUAUCUCUGGGUUGAUAGGCUCUGUAUUGUGCAAGAUGACAAGGAUGCGAAGCCUGCUCAGCUGCUGGGUAUGGCGGACAUUUACGGCGGUGCCACCCUGACUAUUGUUGCUGCGCAGGGGCGCGGUGCGGAUGAGCCUUUACAUCAUGGGCUGGUCGAUGAGACCGAGGAAGAAGGGGCCGAAAGCGGCCAAGGCGCGCUGCCUUGUCUGGAGGAGGUCUCCCCCGAGGAAUGGGCGCAACGUCUGCGAGAGUCUAGGGAGGGGCUGCCGCGUUCUCCCCGAAGAGUAGUGUCUUCAGAGGAUGAAUACUACGGCUCACCCUUGUACUAUGGAUACCAACCGGAUCGAAGUCAACAAGCUGAUGCUGAUGAUGACCAUAUGGCAGCCAACGAGCAAUACCUGCCUUUCACUAUGGGAUACGGCGGCUCACCUCACUACAUAGGGUGCGGCUCACCGUACGAUUCACCUUCCCCCAUGGAUAUCGAGUCACCCAAUUUUCUUCCCACGUCGCCCUCAUACACUGAAGUCGAGUCGCCGGUGGUAAACGAAUGGAACUCGCCUCCAUCCCCUAUCAACGAGCCACUAGCUAUUCCUCAAGAGGACACAGAUCCUCCGCCCGUCGUGCCUGACACUUUCUCCGCCACGGGGAUGCCGAACGUUCGCCGUCAACGAGAGGUGGAUGCGCAUCGCGCUGUUAUGGAGGCGCAUGCUCGGGACUUGGUCAACACGGCGUGGUGUCAGAGAGGCUGGACGUUUCAAGAGCUCAUGUUUUCUCGACGACAACUUGUUUUUCACAAUGAUACCGUCAACUGGCAGUGUCAUUGCGCGUCCUGGCAUGAGAAUCAAAAACACAUAGUGACGGGGCCUUGUAGUGGCGUUGAAGAGAAUGAGCAGCACAGCAAGGACAACAACAAGGACGACAGUAUCGAGAACGGUAACGACAAUAGAGUCUCUGCCCCAUCGUCGACUGAGCUUCUACCUUGCGUCUCUCCGUGGCCUGACUUCCACCGGUACGCCAGGCUCGUCGCGCUAUAUAACAAACGAGUUCUAACAUACGACCACGACGUCCACGAUGCUUUCGCUGGGGUCCUAUCCGCAUUUGGUCAAUCAUUUCCCGGCGGUUUUGUCUGUGGCCUGCCUCGCAUCUUCUUCGACGCCGCGCUGCUAUGGCAGCCUUACGACCCUUUAGUCCGUCGCACUAGCGAUCUCUCCUCCGCUCUACCGAGUUGGUCGUGGAUGGGGUGGCAGGGGAAUCUUCAGUCCGAGAGCUGGCGCAGUGGUUAUCGAUAUCUGCGCGGCGGAAACCCCGGCGAUUCGGACGACUUUUGGCAGCCUGAUUCUUGGCAGACCCGGCGGACUGUUGUGUGGUCGUACUCGUUGACCGUCGAUGGGGAACGAUUUCCAGUGGGAGGUGAGACCGCCGAGUUCAUGGAUGAUCCGGCAUCAAAAGGGUGGUGUGAGAAAUACUGCGAAAGGGCCCAGAAGCCAUACUUCACUCAUCCUCAGGCGGGAGCACAGGAAUUCUGGUUUCCUAUCCCUCUAGCCACAAUGGCCAGCAUCAACGAUAGUCCUCCGUCGUGCCAGCCCGCUUACCUGCAUGGUCUCACACGACGGGGAUCCCUCCAAAUUAGCAGACUAUUCCACGAUCACCGCACUUCGCAGUGCGUAUGCGCGACUCUGUGCGACUCGAAUGGCCGUUGGGCUGGCGUGCUGAGACUCAACGCUGCCUCUUCAGAUUCCGAUGACUUUUACGGAGCAGCAGUCGGCGUGACGUGCGGGCUGGUCGAAAUCUCGGCGGGAUCUGCGGAGAACCAACCAAGAGAAGAUGUUGGCUUUGAUGGGUGGGAGGAAGCUGAGUUCGCGCGGCACAGGGGGGAGUACAAGUUUGUCAACGUCCUGUGGGUUGGGUGGAGGGACGGCUUGGCAUACCGUAAGGCAUUGGGGCGAGUCUGGGAGGCUGCGUGGGCACGGGUUGCCUUAGAAGGUGUGCAGAUCACCCUUGGGUGA